CGAAAAUGGAGAAUUUCUGAUUGCCGAUUAGAAUUUUCUUUUCUUUCCGACUUUACUAAAAUAACAUUAGUGUAGUAGUGAUAUCGUGUUGUUGAAACAACAACAAAAUAACCUCGUGUUAACAUUAAGCAGCGUGAACGAUGGGCGCAAUUCCCCAAUACUUUGGUCAUUUCAUGAGUAGCUUUCAUUACAUUGUAUUUUAGUAUUUAAGAAUUUUGUUUCGUCUUGUUCAUUCCAUUUAACAUAUUUGUAAUUGUAAUUGUCCUUUCAUUGUAUUGUCAGUAAUUGUAUAGGUGUUAGCGUUUGGUUUAGGUUAGGUUUUAUCAAUAAUCACAAUGAAUAUCCAAGUGUGUAGGGACGCUUCAGACGCUGUGGUGCUAUAUCUGCCCCAGCGUUUGUAUCUCAAGUCGUUCGCAAAGCUAAACAUUUCUGUUCAGCUCCCAGCCCACAAGGUUCACGGCAAGUCCAUCUCCAACUGGGAAUUGAUGGAGAAAUUGAGAAAAAUGAUCCAACCUGACGCGUUUUCGAUUCUAAAAGUGUCCAAGCAUAGUUCUGAAGUAAUAAGAUUCGAUGCCGAGUUAGAGCAUCCAGAUAAGCUCGAGCGGGUGCUCGCGAGACUCGAAGACCGAGUAGUGCAGUUAAAUGACUUCCCGGAACCCCUCAAAGUGAAAGUAUCCGAGGCGAAAUCAGAUUUCCCUAGCCGUCACUCGUGGGACUCGUUUUUCCGUGAUGCCACUGACAUGGAUGAGAUGAAGCCCGGCGAGCGGCCAGACACCAUACACAUGUGUAAUCUACCAAUCCGUUGGUUCGUUCACGAUCGGGACAGGGAUGCUGAUGCCCCGCCAUCAGAACAUGUCUUAAAAAAAGCGUUUGAAAAGUUUGGCAACAUUCGACAAAUUGACAUCCCCAUAGCUGACCCUUUUCGGCUUCAAAUGAAGUCUACUAUGCGGGGGAUCACAACGCCACCCUCAGAUCAAGCUUUAUAUUUUGAGGCAUAUAUUCAGUUUCACGAAUAUGUUGGCUUCGUCCGCUGCAUGGAUGCUCUCCGCGGUCGAAAGUUGCUAAGAAAGAAGGAUGACAUAGCAGAAUGGUGCGGCAUUAAAGUCGAUUUUGACAAGACGAAGCAUAUGACGGAUGCAGCGGUGAAACGGAGGGCUAUUGUGAGGGAACGCCUCUCUUCUCGACAGAGAGCCAAGGACGAUGAGGAGAAGGCCGAGAAAGAGAAGGUUGCUAAGAGAGAAGCUAAAGAAAGACAAAAAGAAACCGUCUCACGUAUAAUUUUUCACUCUUUAAGACAAAAAUACGAGCGAGGAGAGCGUGAAAAACUGGAGAAAAUGCGGGAACGGGAGGAAAGGAGGAAGAAGAAGCAGUUAGCAAAACUCAUGCAGCGGGAUGACGUGGACCUCAACGGGAAGGUUGCAGAAGAGAGGAAGAAGUUGCUGGAAGCUCAGAAGAAGUUACAGGCUAUGCGGCUGAUCGAGGAUUUAUUUAAAAGGAUUGAGCUCCGGCCCGACCUGCAGAUGAACGGCCGCUCUGUGCCCGGGGAGCGCGCCGCUAGGGCUCGCGUCGUGGACCGCUGCAAGCGCCGCUGCGAGGAGGCGCUGCAGGCCGCCAGGGACCGCUUCCAGCAGGCCUUGGACGGUCGCAUCGUCCUCCGCUCAGCGCUGGAAACGAAAAAGCCUCGUCGUUCGUUGUCGCCGUCGUCCGUAUCGUCGGACGAGCGGCCGCGGCGCGGCGUCAAGUUAGAAAAGUUGACGACCCCUGAGAGAGAGCUCGAGUACAACAAGGCUGCUGGCAUGUACGGCAUGCCGCACCCGUACGGCUUUGGGUACCCGUUUGCUGCCGUCCCGCCGCCCGGAUACCCGUUCCCGCAGACGUCGAUGUACUACCCGGUGCGGGGCCAGUACUACCCGCCGCCCGACAACUACCGGCGGCCGCGGGGCCGGGGGCGGGGACGCGGCCGCGGGGUGCGCAUGCCGUACUUCGACGGGCCUGACGCCUCGCACCAGUACUACAAAUACUUCAAAAGGCUGACUGAGAACGAACACCGAAAUGAGCAUGACGACCGACUCCGCUCCCGGUCCCGCUCCCGCCGCCGCUCGUACACGAGGUCAAGGUCACGCUCCAGAUCCAGGUCGCGCUCCCGUCGCCGCUCCUACUCGCGGUCAAGGUCAAGGUCGCGCAGAAGCAGGAGCAGGAGAAGGAGCAAGAGCAGAAGUCGACGGUCAAGGUCCCACCACACUCGUUCUCGCUCCCGCUCUCGAGCACGCAAGUCUCGCUCGCGCAGCCGCCGCCGCACCGCGUCCCGCACCCCCGCCCCUGCCCCCGCCCCCGCCCCCGCCCCCGCCCCCGCCCCUGCCCCCGCCCCCGCCCGCCCCCGCUCCAAGAGCUGGUCCCUGCCCCGGGACGGGAACGGGAAGGCCUGGUCCAAGAGCCCGAAGAAGCAAGACUAGUGA